GGAAAUUCCCUUUGUUUUCAAGGGCCGACGGGAGCUCUCCUUUCCCUCGCCAGACAAACGACUGGCCUGGGCAGCCUGCCAAAAGCAAACUCGGGCUGGCUUUGCGUAUGCUCCCGGGGGCGUGCGCGCGUCGCACCAAUCCUGCGGGACGGCAGGGGUUGGUACCGAUGAGGAUUGCGCAUCCCGAGCCCUCCUGCACCAGCAGAGCCGGGUCCUGGCUGUGGAGGGCCGAGGCAUUCGUUGCGAUGCAUCACUGUAAGAGAUACCGAUCCCCGGAGCAAGAGACCUACAUGAAUCACAAAUGGAAGAGGAAGAGGUCUCGCAGCAGAGAAUACGAAGGCAGAUUGAGAUACCCACCUCGCAGGGAUCUUUCAAGGAGAUCACGAUCUCGAAGCCAGGACAGGAUGCCUUACCACAGGAGGUACCGAGAGAGACGGGACAGCGACAACUACCGGUUUGAAGAGCGAAGUCCUUCUUUUGGAGAGGAUUAUUAUGCUACUCACUCACGACACUGGCGGAGAUCGAGGGGCAGAGAACACCAGCGAGCAAAGAAGCACCAGCAUCACUGUCGGAAACGCAGGACCAGGUCUUGUAGCAGUGCAUCCUCGAGAAGCCAACAGAGCAGUAAACGCAGCAGGAGCGUGGAAGAUGACAAGGAAGGUCACCUGGUGUGCAGGAUCGGCGAUUGGCUCCAAGAGCGAUAUGAGAUUGUCGGCAGCCUCGGUGAAGGCACUUUUGGCAAAGUUGUGGAGUGUGUGGACCAUGCCAGAGGCAAAACUCAGGUCGCUCUGAAAAUUAUUAAAAAUGUGGGGAAGUACCGAGAAGCAGCCAGACUGGAAAUCAACGUCCUGAAGAAAAUCAGAGAGAGAGACAAGGAUAACAAAUUUUUGUGUGUCCUGAUGUCAGACUGGUUCAAUUUCCACGGCCACAUGUGCAUCGCCUUUGAGCUUCUGGGCAAGAACACAUUUGAAUUCCUGAAGGACAAUAACUUUCAGCCAUACUCCCUCUCUCAGAUUCGGCACAUGGCAUACCAGCUGUGCCAUGCCUUGAGAUUUCUGCAUGACAACCAGCUGACUCAUACUGACCUCAAGCCUGAAAACAUCUUAUUUGUGAAUUCAGCUUUUGACACCUUGUACAAUGAAAAGAAGAGUUGUGAAGAGAAAUCAAUUAGGAACACAAGCAUCCGUGUUGCAGACUUUGGAAGCGCUACUUUUGAUCAUGAACAUCACACUACCAUCGUUGCUACUCGGCAUUACCGCCCCCCAGAGGUGAUUUUAGCUCCACAGACCCAUGAGAAUCGUGAACACCUUGUAAUGAUGGAAAAAAUCCUCGGGCCAAUUCCAUCUCACAUGAUCCACAAAACUCGGAAACAGAAGUACUUCCAUAACGGGAACCUGGUGUGGGAUGAGAGCACAUCUGACGGAAGAUAUGUCCAAGAGAACUGCAAACCACUGCGGACCUACAUGCUGCAUGACUCACUAGACCACCUGCAGUUCUUUGACCUGAUGAGAAGGAUGUUGGAAUUUGAUCCUUCCCAAAGGAUCAUGUUCUCCGAAGCACUGAUGCACCCGUUCUUUACCGGCCUGUCUCCAGAAGAAAGGAUGCUGUGUGGCCGGGACUCAAGCCGUGACCUGAGCAGAUGACAGAUGGGGGGAGGGUAGUGAUGCCUUCAGCAUUUGUACAUACUUGUGGAUCAGUUUGACCUCUGCAGUAAAGGCUCCAGUAGCUCUCCUGUAGCACAGAGGUACUGGUGCAAUGUGAGAUGGACCCUGGGCAUGGGAGGGGAAGAAAAAGCUACAUGGAAAGCACAGAUUUGUCUAUUUAUAUGUUGUAAAGUUAAAAUAAAAGUGUUUCUUAUUGUUUGAUAAUUUACUUGUACGGAUGUGUAGCUAUUUUUGCUCCCAAUCUGCCAGCCUCUUCUGUUAAUAAAGAGUGGUUUUAUAUUUAUCCACAA